UAGCGAGAAAUAACGGUGCCAAAAAGAAAAACCUGGACCCAUCAUAGCCCACCACAAUAGGAAAUUUUGUUCUGCUGGUUCAUCAUGACGUUUGAAUGAAACGCCAAAGUAAAAAGUCGAUAAAUACCAGGCAUGCCUCUGAGGAGAUCAUCUCAUUGCUUCUACAUACCUAUGUUCUCUAAAAAGCUUUUAGCACUACUGCUGCUUACCAUCCUCUCCUUGGUACUCGUUGCUGGUAAUGAUUCGAGUACUUUGCAAAGAAAAGGCCGAUGACGUUCAGACCAACUCACCUAUUUCUUUUAUACCGUGUGUAGAGUGCAAGGUUUUCCAAGCAGACGAUGUAUCCACAUGGGAUAAAUCCAAGCUCAAGUCUUGGCUUUCUGAGCAUAAUAUUAAUUAUGACUCCAAAGCCGAUCUUCCCAGCCUUGUCAAGCAAUAUCGCGAUUCCGCUACACAUUAUGCCAACUUGUUUGGCGUUAAAGUUGACCAGGCAACAAGCAAGCUUCAAAACAGUUUGACCGCCCAAAAGGACAUCUCUGGAGCUAAUGUUGAAUACAUUGUUGAGGAAGUCAAGCGACAGCUUCGUGUUCUUGAUCUUGAAGGCCAACUUGACUACAGACAUAUUCAGGGAGGCUUGAACAAGGCCAAGAAGAAUGUCAUUAAGCAGAAGGCUGCUACUGAAGAGCAGUGGGCUAAUAUUGUUACUGAUGUUGAAGCUGAAUUUCUUGACACAAAGCAAACUUGGUAUCAAAAGUUCUUCAGCAACAAGAAGACCGCAUCUGAUAGCGCUCAAGCAUGGCUGGACGAGACCAAGGCUCACCUUCAGAAGCAAAAGAACCUCUCCGAGGCCCAGAUUGACGAGAUCAUUAACUCUCUUCGUUCAAGACUUGGAAGUGUAAAUGAUUGGCGCAAAGAGUCCGCUAAGAAGGAUAAGACUUGGUUUAAGCAGCUGCAAAAGGAUUUGCAGUCUAAGGCCGACAUGACCCAAGAACAAGCCGAAGAGGUCAUUGCUGGUCUUGAGUCCGAUUUUGCUGGGUUUAAAACCUCUGCUAUCGAAUACGCAAAUGGAGCUUAUGAUAAUGGUCAAGCUUACCUUACCUCUUUUGUCGAACGUGUCACUACCAGCCUUCGCGAAUCAGGUGAAUUGACGCAAGCCAAGAUUAAUGAAAUCAUCGCUGCCAUUACAUCCCGCUUCCAAAAUGUGAACUGGAGAACCAUGCCACCACAACAACAGAAGACUUACCUUGAACAGUUGAGAGAUGAUAUCUCCGUCCGAUCUGAACAGACCAAGGAUCAAGUGAACAACAUUGUUUCUAUUGUCUCCAAGACUCUCGAAGACUACCUCGUUUCUAUCAAGGCCUAUCUUUCUCCUGGUGCAUCAGAAGCAUCCAAGAGCGCAUCCAGUGUGUACUCCGGUGCUACUGCCAAUGCAGACAGCGCAAAGAGCACUGUCGUCUCUGCCACUGAUAAUGCCAAGAACUCUGCUGCCUCUGCUACAGAUAAUGCCAAGAGCUCUGCCGCGUCUGCCACUGACAAUGCUAAGAGCUCUGUUGCAUCAGCUACCAAUGACGUACAAAAGGGUGUCCACAAAUGGUUAAGAGACAAUGAACGCAGUCUCUAUGAAAAGAAGGGAUAUGCCCAAGCACACAUUGACUGGGUUGAGAACUAUCUCAUCAACAAGUUCAAUAAUGCUCGUCGCAUCACUACUGAUGAAGUUAACGAUGCUGCCACCGCCAUUCAUGAAUACCUUGUAAAAACUGCCGAUGUCUCUGAGAAGCAGGCCAAAGCAACUGUAGAUCAAAUACGCAAUGGUCUCCAACACGCUCGAGACGAACUAUGAAAUAAUUGACCAUUUUCCCUCUUUUGUAUGAUUCCUACCUACAAUAAAAAAUUUUAACCCAUGUAUAU